AUGCUAUUACAAUUUUUGGUGUUACUAUUUGCUGGUUUGUGUAACGCACACACGGUACAUCUACCAGCGUACGGUCGUCGUUGUUUCUUUGAAAACUUGAACAAAGGUGACGAGCUAUCUGUAUCUUUCCAAUUCGGUGAUAGAAACCCUCAUGGUACUGAACAAUUGACUGGUGAUUUCGUUCUAUAUGGGUCUCAAAGAAGCGAGGUCUUGAAAACUUUGAGAGACGUGUCACAUGGUGACGUGUUUGUGAACGCUCCAUACACCGGCAAGUUCCAAUACUGCUUUUUGAAUGAAAACUCGAACAUUGACACUAAGGACGUGACUUUCAAUGUUUUCGGUGUUAUUUAUGUCGAUUUAGAUGAUCCAAACACCAGAUCUUUGGACGGCUCAGUGAGACAAUUGUCCAAACUGGUCAAAGAAGUGAAGAACGAACAAAGUUACAUUAUUAUCAGAGAAAGAACUCACAGAAACACAGCAGAAUCCACUAAUGACCGUGUCAAAUGGUGGUCUGUGUUCCAAUUGCUCGUCGUUGUAGUGAAUUCGUUGUUCCAGAUCUAUUACUUGAAGAGAUUUUUCGAAGUCACUUCGUAUGUGUAA